CCCCCGAAGAAAUUUGGUCUGUCCACCCGUAUCAUCUCCGGAGAUCUUCUUCUUCUCCCCCAAUGCCGCCGCCGCCGUCUUCCCCUCCCCCGCGACUCCUCGCCGGCGGCGACCACCUCCCGCCCCCGACCUCCGCCUCCUCGCCGGAGCACCCCUUCCUCUCCGCGCACCUCCUCCUCCCCUCCCCGUCUCCCUCCCCCGCCGACCUCUCCUCGCCGCACCUCCCCCACGCCCUCGCCUUCGCCUUCCUCACCCAAUCCUCCCCGCUCCCGCGGCAUCUCCUCGUCGCGCUCCACGCCGCAGGCGGCCGCUUCCCCGCCUUCUACCAGGCCUUCGCCUCCGCCCUCCUCUCCCUCCCCUUCCCCCUCCUCCUCCCACACCCGCGCGCCCGCCUCCUCCUCGCCGCCUCCGAGCUCGCCCGCGCGGCGGCGCCGGGGUUCGGGACCCUCCUCGCAUCCCUCCUCCGCCGCGUGCCGUUCCCCGGCGACGCCCGCCUGCUCGAGCUUUUUACCGAGCACGCCUCCUUCCUCGCCGACGAAGAGCCGCUGCUCCUCGCCUCCACCGUCUUCGCCUUCCUCCGCCUCCUCGCCAGGAACCGUCUCGCUCCGGCCCCGGGCAGCGCUGAGUGCAAGGACUGCGAAGAGUGCAAGAGCGCCAAGAGCCUCGAAGAAUGCAGGGGAAAGCUGGUGUCUUUCUGCGUCUCCAUGCUGCGGGAUCACUUCCAGGUGUGUGCACUGAUAGGAAGGGACCUUGUAAGGUCGCUCCACGAGCUGGCCCUCGUGCCGGAGUUCCAGCUGCUGUGGAGAGACUUGAUGCCGGACCGUGUCGGUGAUGUCUGCCGGAUGAGCACACCCGGUUGGUGCACGGCCUUGGCCAUCACUGCCGAGAUGGAGACACAGCUCCUGUUCUUGAUGAACAGUGUGAAGUGGGGGGAUCAGAAGAGGUACCAGCUGUGGUUUGCGAGGAAGCACCUGAUGGUGCCUGGAGGGGAGGAGAGGAUCCCUGAAAUUGUGCGGUUCAUAUGCUGCGGGUACCACCCAACGAAUGAGGUCAUGAAUUCUGGUGUUAUUGCCCGCUGGGCGGUCAUAGGCUGGCUGCUAACGGGUUGCAGCAAAGGCUACGUGAUGGCGAAUGCGAAGCUGGCGCUGUUCUAUGACUGGUUGUUUUUUGAGGAGGGGAGGGGUAGUGUCAUGAAUAUCGAGCCUGCAAUGCUCCUGAUGGUGAACUUGGUGCCUCAGUAUACUGAUAUUACGAACAUGCUGCUUGAGUUCUUGUUUCUUCUUAUCGAUAACUAUGAUGUGAAGAGGAAGGAUGCGAUUGCUUGCUGUGUGAGGAGUGCAUUCGGGGCACUGGUGAAGAAACGGGUGAUCCUAUCGUUGGAGCCAUUGACUUGUGAGAAGCUAUCACCAUUGCUGAGGCAGAAGCUUGUGGCUUUCUUAAGUAGUUGCAAUCCUGGGGCAGCUGAAGAUUCUUGCGGGAAACCAACUGCUGGAGUUUCUAAAGAAACAGAGUUGAAGAAGAGUGCUUGCUCAAGCUAGACAUAUUAAUCAAUGGUUCUGUAUGUCACAGUCAUGUCUCUCAGGAACGAGCUCGGCACCAAUUCAGCAGGGCUAGGCAUCUGAAGAGGAAUCACAAUGCUCUCACAAAUGAGA